CGAUGUCCAUGGAUUCAAAGCGUAUGAAAAGCCUAGUGGUGAAUUUUCCUCUGUCUACGAGAUGAUAAGCUACUUGCUGUGUGGAAACGACCGCUUUAUGUUCAUUUUACGACUAGCCGCAGCACGAUAUGCAAAGACGCACUUUGAAAGAUAUGUUACAAAGCUAACAAAAACUUUUAAUGACUGCUUGGAAGCGAAUGUCUUUUUCAAAGCGCAUGGCAUCACACUGAACGAACAGAUGACAUGGCCAAUGCACAAAAGAGAGUGUGUGUCUGAUGCAUUUGACAGAUUAGUGCGUGAAGCAGUUUACGACGGGAAAGGCAAUGCCCCGUUUUACGUAGAAUUUUUGAGUGGUGUCUUAAAUCGAAAAAUCAAUCAGCACUUUGAGGGGAAAACAUACGACGGUGAAAAAGUAAAUAAAAUAGCCAGCCUGAACGUGAGCUUAACUGAUGCUUCCAGUGAUCGAGAACUGCACGUUUACUGGAUGAAGUCGAAGGAUCGUGUAAAAAAGAUGUCGUACUGGAUAUUUCCCCUUUUUAAGUGUGUUCAAAAUUGCCCUGGAAUGGUACUGUGUGAACGUAUCUACGCAUUUUUGAAGAAUGAUACCGUAUUUAAGGAAAACACAUGUUUGGAUAUGAUCAACACACGUAAUAUAUUUGAAUUUGAUACGCUGAAAGAAAAAUGCAUAAUUAAAACGGACAAAUCUUCGAUGCAGGCCAUACAAACAAUCCAAGUGGAGGGAUUUACUGCCUUUGAGAUGCCUGGUGAUGAAACCUCGUGCAUGUAUGAGUUCAUGAGUUACAUGCUGUUCGGGAAUGCAGACAUGAAAUACAUCAUGCGUUUAGCUGCGAUGCGUUACGCCCUUCAAAACUUUCGGCAAUAUGUGAACAAAUUGACAGGUGAGUUUGGAAAGCGCAAAUCCGUCAGCUCGAGAGUUAACGACGCCAAACUGUUUUUUGAAAUACAUAGCAUUGAGUUUAAAGAAACUGAGUCGUCAUCGAUGGAAAAGUGUGUUCUUAUGUCAUUUACUGAUCUUGUUCGUGAAAUUGCCAAUACAGGACAAGGACCGUUUUACGUGGAAUUUUUGCGUGGUGCUCUUAACUGCAAAAUUAAGCAAUUCUUCGAUUUCGGAUUAUACAAACGAACACUUUCGGAAAUAUCCGGUUGUAAUGUAACCUUGACAACCAGUUCACCACCUGAACGAGAACUUCAUAUUUAUCGGAAGAAGAAGUUUAGUGUUCACGGUGGUCUAUCAAACCAUUAUAAAAUAGUACCUCUGCUUAAAAACGAGGAUUGCAGUAAAACUGAUAUUUAAUAAUGCAGUAAAACUGAUAUUUAAUAAAUGGUACGAUGUACACAAAUUAAAGCUACCUGCAUCUUUUGCGUAUAUAACUUAUACUUUAUUUGACGUUUCUUUUGGUAUCAGGGAAGAGCAGAACAGCCAACAUAAUGUAACUACGUUUGAACAUAUGUACUUAGUUUUAUUGUGUUUUAGGUUUCCUUAAAUGGAUGUCUAUAAUGGUCUUUUAAUAUAUAACAUGUUUACAUGUAUUUUAACAACCAUAUUGAAUUAUAUAAUAACGUCAGGGAAAUAAUUGAAACAGAUAUAGAAAGUAGAAAAUUGAUUUAUGUUUGCCAUUUAGUAAUUUGACUUUUAGUGUUACUUUUGAACAAUGUUUUUAAAUUAUAGCAAUACCUGUGAUGAUCAGCCAUGUUUUAUUAAAAUUUGAAUGAAAGGUUAUAGGAUUUAUAUUUAAUUUAAAUCUUCCAUUCACUACUGUAGUGUGUAUCAGUUAAAUUGAUGAGCUAAGUCCAUUUUUCUUUUCUUUUAACACCACUAUUUCAAGAAAUUGUGAAUGACUUUUACGAGUUGUGGAAACAUAAGAAAUCUAUUCCAUCGAUCGAUUACUACGCAAGGUAAAAAGAGGAUGUUGCUUUAAUGAACUUCGAGAAUUAUUUUCAACAAUUCAUUGAUUUAAAUUGGUUUGCAAAUAACGAACAGUUUUACUUAAAGCGUACUGUAGGAUAAAGCCAAUCCAGCAAGCCCCGCCGCGUUUACCUUUCGUCAACUAGUUCGCUAUAAUCGAGUACACAAAGACUUUAACCUUAAAUAUGUAUUUUGUAUCACUGUGUGUUGUAGAUAAAAAGGCGGAUUCACUAUUGAUUUGCCGAUUUUGUUUUUUUGUUUUGUUUGAUUUUAGUGAUGUUAUUCCAAUUAUUAAUGAUAUUAUGGACUGUUGCUGAGCUACAAUAGACUAUAUAUUAUUGUAAGCUGACACAUGGUGGUGUGUUACUGCCAUACUCAAAUGAAUCGUUUAUUUGAAAUGUUUUUUCUGAAAUAAUUAUAAGGUAUGUCAUGAUUAAAAGACAUUUUAAAUGACUUUUGUUGUAUGAUUUAACCUGUGAUGGGUUCCUUUUUUGUUACACUUUUCGCAUUUUUUAUGUUUCCCGUGUUUAAGAUUUAAUAAAAAAUACAUCCACA